AUGCUCAACCUCUACUUAUCUGUGAGCUACAUCACUUAUUUCAGUGAUCCUCUAACACGUAUUCAAGCGAUUGGAAUUCGUGUCGUCAAUAAUCUUGGUCUCGUGCGCAAUGAAACUGAUAAUAAGAACUCAGUAUUACAUAUAAUUCCACGUCAGAAUAUUGUUAUUCUUUGUCAACAGUUACAUCUGAUAAGAGGAACGCUGAGAGAACAGCUUUCCUAUCUUCGAUUAGCACAUGGAUUGAGUUCAGUCACAGAUGAUAAUUAUGCUCAACAACUUCUGAAUGAAUUUAGUCUAGGUCACCUUAUAGACCGUUAUUCCAUGAAUGGAAAACGACAAGUUUGGUCCGAACUCCUGUCUAUUGGGGAACAACAGCGACUAAUGAUAGUCAGUGCACUUCUUGUCGGCACAGAAACUGCACGGUUGCUUAUUCUUGAUGAGACAACAUCAGGCUGCGAUAAACAAACGGAAGAAGCUAUCUAUAAAUAUCUCCAACGAUCAAAUUUACAAUUUAUAUCUAUCUCUCAUCGAAAAGAGAUUAGCAAAUAUCAUUCACGCCAAAUGACGAUCGAUGCUACAGAUACACCAAUCCCAACACCAGUUUUCAAAACUCGAUUUUGA